ACUGCAACAAAGACCCAACGCAGCCAAAAAUUAAAUAAACAAAUAAAUAAAUACAAAGGACCCUAUUGUGCCCACAGCCAGCUCUAGAGGGUUGAUUUAGAUUUCACUACCGGAAAGGGCUCUGGAAUUCUUUGUUUUAAACUCAACACCAUGGCACGGGGGUGGGGGGAGCAUUGAGUUAAAAAUGCCAUCAGGAAUCAUUUUAUCUUUGGGGGUUUUGGGGUCACUUCAGCCACUGGGGGAACAGGAAGGCAGUUUCUGACGCUUAGAGCUGUAUUUUUUUGUUUUUAAACUAAUUGCCUUCCUUUUAGAGGCACACCCCCGGACGUCCCUGGUGGUCCAGUGGCGAAGACUCCGAGCUCCCAAUGCAGGGCGCACGGGUUCGAUCCCUGGUCGGGGAGCUAGGAUCCCGCAUGCUGUACAGCAAGGCCAAACGACAGCAACUAAAAACAAACACACAAGAGGCACCACCCCUGUCUCUGAUUCCCACCUUAAGACCACCCAAGUCAGGAUGAAUGUUAUAUCGGGAGUUUUCCUCCCACAACCCGAGCGUGUUGCCAUAGUAACCGGCGGGACGGAUGGAAUCGGCUACUCCACCGCGAGGUAUCUGGCGAAGCUGGGCAUGCGCGUUGUCAUAGCCGGAAAUAACGAAGGCAAAGCCGAAGAAGUUGUGAGGAAGAUAAAAGAGGAAACCCUCAAUGACAAAGUGGAAUUUCUAUACUGCGACCUGGCGUCCAUGAGGUCUAUCCGGCAGUUCGUCCAGAAGUUCAAGAUGAAGAAAAUCCCCCUCCACGUCCUGGUCAAUAACGCUGGCGUCAUGAUGGUGCCACAGAGGAGCACCGAGGACGGCUUUGAGGAGCACUUUGGGGUGAACUACCUGGGACACUUCCUGCUGACCAACCUGCUGCUGGACACCCUGCAGGAGUCGGGCACUCCUGGCCGCGGCGCGAGGGUGGUGACCGUGUCCUCCGCCACACACUACGUCGGGGAACUGAACUUGGACGACCUUCAGAGCAGCAUCAGCUACUCGGCGCACGGAGCCUACGCCCAGAGCAAGCUGGCCCUGGUGUUCUUCACCUACCACCUGCAGGCGCUGCUGACGGCCAAGGGCAGCCCCGUGACCGCCAACGUGGCCGACCCCGGCGUGGUGAACACCGACCUCUACAAACACAUCUUCUGGGGCACACGGCUCAUCAUGAAGCUGUUGGGCUGGUGGAUUUACAAGACCCCUGAUGAGGGAGCCUGGACCUCCGUGGUCGCGGCCGUCGCCCCCGCGCUGGAAGGCCGGGGCGGCCGCUAUCUCUACAACGAGAAGGAGACGCAGUCGCUGGCGGUCACGUACGACCAGGACCUUCAGCGCCAGCUGUGGGCCCGAAGUUGCCAGCUGACGGGCAUCCCCGACGUGACCCAGGAGGCCUUCUGGGGAUAGCGACCCCCCCUCCCCGGGGAGACGGCCACCCGCCCGGCGCGGGCAGGGGUGUCUGCGCUGGACCACGCGUCUGUGGGGGUCACACAGCCCCCGGCCCCCGCCCUUGGGACGCUGUCCCCCCCAGAGUCUCCCGUCGGCGGGAACUCCGGGAGCCGAGGAACGCUGAGUGGGACCCUCGGCAGGUGGGCCGCAGCCGUGCAUCUUGUGAUCCCCAGCGGGUCCCGUUGUACCGGGUGCCGGGACGCAUUAAACCCUGCCAGCCACGCGGGCCGUGUUCCUUGCUCAG